UUUAGUCAUUAACUCUGAUUAUUUUAAUACUAUGCCUUGCAUAGAUGAGCACACACAAUACAAGUUGGCUUCUGUUUGAUUUAAAUGAUGAUGUAUGUUUUCUCCUCCUUUCAUUGAUGUAGUGCAAAUAACUUUUUCUCUUUUUGAGCCAUUCAUCUGACUGGAAUUCCCUGAAAGAAGGAGACUUGGGGAACGUUAUACAUUAAAAAUGCUGAAUAGUGUCUAAAAGAGGUAACACACCUGCUAUAUUUAUGUUGUUCAGAAUUUCAUCCUUGAUGGCUGCCCCAGUUAAGUGGCAUAUUGAUAACUGAUAGUCAUGCAGGACAGAUUUUUUGUGAUGCUCACAACAGAAGCUCAUGAGUAUGAAAUGUUCACAACACUUAGGAGAACAAUCAUACACAUUAUUGUCAUUUAAUUUAUCCUCUAAUUUAACCUCAUUGUGAAUAUAUAUGACCCCUACUGUGGAAAGGAAUCACAUGUUAAAAGUUGAAAUUAUUUUCUCAGGAUCCCACAGAUGGUAUAUUGAUGAAAUAAAACUAUAUUAAUGGAAGUCUGACUUAAUCCAGUUUGUAAAUCACAGCUCUCUACUGUACCUUGGAAAAUUUAGGUAUCCAAAGAAUUAUCAUAAAGGGAGAGUUUAAUCAUCAUAAUAUUAACAAUAACAAAAACACUUAUUGAGACUCUAUGAACAGUACAUUUUGGAGCUCAAAAAUAUAGUAAUAAUAAUAAUAAUACAUUUAAAAAGAAAAAUAUUAGGAAGUGGUGUUAACUUUCACAAAUCUAUGAAGUGCCACCUCAAAGAAUGAAGGUUAUCUGAGUUGAAAAUUUAUUUUUAAUCACUAUCAUAGACCUUCAGUUAUAAGUAAAAAAUUAAGAUUAUAAGGAAAAAAAUCAUGAAAUGUUUUCAAAUAUUUUGGAAGGUUCAUAUCAAAAAAUUAGUUGAUGUCCAUAGAUUCAUAUAUAAAUGAUAGUAGAGUGUUUUGUAUAAUUUUUUAAAAUUCUGAGUAAUUAUAUAUAAAUUUUAUGUAUUUAAAGAUGUACAACUUUUCAUUUAGAAUAUUUUAAAAUGAAAAUGAGAUUAUACAUGGCUGACUGAAUCACAAACAUUGGGUGGAUCUAUUAGACAUUGAAGAACAUCUAUCCAUAAACGAUUCUAUAAAGUGACAAAUAUGUGCAGUGGCAGGUGGCUGUCCUUAAAGAUUGCAUUAUUUUCCUUCCCAGUAUAAGCACCAACCACAUGGAAGCAGCAAACUAUAUGUGUGCCUCAGAACUAGUCCUCCUGGGCCUUUCAGAAGAUCCAGGACUUCAGUCUCUUUUGUUUGGACUAUUCCUGUCCAUGUACCUAGUCACAGUGCUUGGGAACCUGCUCAUCAUCCUGGCCAUCAGCACUGACUCCCACUUCCACAUCCCCAUGCACUUCUUCCUCUCCAACCUGUCCUUUGUGGACAUCUAUUUUACCUCUACCACAGUCCCGCAAAUGCUGAUGAACAUCCAGGCACAGAGCAAAGGCAUCUCCUACAUAGAGUGCCUCACUCAGGUGUACUUUUCAAAUACUUUUGUUGGGAUGGAUAAUUUCCUUUUGACUGUGAUGGCCUAUGACCGCUUUGUGGCCAUCUGCUACCCACUGAAAUACACAGUUAUCAUGAACCCCAGGUUCUGUGGCCUUUUAGUUCUCUUGUUUUGGAUCACAAUGUCCUUGGCUUCCCUGAUCCACAUUCUAAUGAUGAAGAAUCUUACUUUCUCCACAGUCACUGAAAUUCCCUAUUUAUUCUGUCAACUGGCUCAGAUUCUCAAGGCUGCCAACUCUGAUACCCUUAUCAAUACCAUCUUCCUAUAUGUGGCGACUGUAUUGCUGGGUGUUCUCCCUGUCACAGGGAUCCUCUUCUCUUACUCUCAGAUUAUCUCCUCCUUACUGAGCAUGUCCUCCACUGCAAGCAGGUAUAAAGCAUUUUCCACCUGUGGGUCUCACCUAUGCAUGGUCUCCUUGUUCUAUGGAACAGGACUUGGAGUGUACCUCAGUUCUGCUGUGACCUAUUCUUCCCAUAGAAGCAAGAUCGACUCUGUUCUGUACACUGUGGUAACCCCCAUGCUGAACCCCUUCAUCUACAGCCUGACGAACAAGGAUGUGAAGUGUGCCCUGGGAAGACUCCUCAGCAGAGCAGCCUCUUGUUUGUGAUGGACCACUGACCUCAGAACAAAAUGGACAUGGUGCAAAUGCUUUAAAUAUACCUCAUAUUUUCCAUUCCAUAUAACUUUGGUUUUAUAUAUAUUUCUCCUCAACAACUCCCUCAGUACUUUCUUUGUAACUUUUCUUUCCUAUAAAUAAUCCAUAAAGUUCCAAGAUUGGCAACUUUU